AUGGCUACCAUUUUCCACUCUUCACUUCCCGCAAGUCUCCAUGCUCAAACCCGCAUCCCCCUUUCAAGGAACGUUAGGAUCUUCAACUGUGUCUCUCUGGACCAAACAACCAGUGCUUCCUCCACCACCUCCUCUUCCGCCGCAACUGACAGCCUACGGGUUGUAUUUGCUGCCGGGGGUACUGGUGGUCAUAUAUACCCAGCGUUGGCUAUAGCUGAUGCGCUCAAAUCCCUGAAUCCCAAAACCCAAUUUCUCUUUGUUGGGACCCCCAAAAGUAUGGAGGCUAAGGCUGUGCCAUUUUCCGGCUACCCUUUUACCGCCGUCCCUGCGGCCCCUUUGGUCCGUCCUUUAUUCUCGCCCAACAAUUUUUUCAUCCUCCCUUUUGUAAUCACUAAAUCCACCUUUAAAAGCUACAAAAUUCUCCAAGAAUUUAAUCCCCACAUUGUCAUUGGCACUGGUGGCUUUGUUUCAUUCUCCACUUGCCUUGCUGCAGCCCUUAAAGGUGUUAAGCUCGUAAUCCAAGAGCAAAAUUCUGUGCCUGGGAUUGCAAAUUUCUUGCUUUCCUUAUUUGCAGAUAAAAUUUUUGUGGCUUUUGAUUCGACUGUGAAGUCUUUUCUGCGGAGGAGCAAGUGUGUGGUGUGUGGGAAUCCAGUGAGGUUGUCAUUGAUGAAACAGGAGUCUAAGACGGUGGCGAGGCAGCAUUUUUUCCCAAAUGUGGCUGCAAAAGAAGGGUUGGAGGAUGUGAAGGUCGUGUUGGUGCUUGGAGGGUCGUUAGGUGCCCAGACGAUCAAUUUUGCAUUGCUGAAUUCAUGUUAUCAGAUGCUAAACGAGUGCGAGGACUUGUUUAUUAUUUGGCAGACCGGCGUAGAAGCUUUUUCUGAGAUGGAGAGCCUGGCAAGGAACCAUCCCCGAGUUGUCCUUACUCCGUUCUUGCCUGCUUUGGAUUUGGCAUAUGCAGCAGCCGACCUUGUUGUUUCAAGAGCGGGGGCAAUGACCUGUUCUGAGGUCUUGGCCACUGGGAAACCUUGUAUUUUGAUACCAUCUCCAAAUGCUGCUGAGGGACAUCAAUUCAAAAAUGCUUCUCUAAUGGCCAAUUUGGCGGGUUCAAGGGUUAUAAUGGAAGAUGAACUUGGCUCGACAUCUCUUAGAAAUGCUAUUGAAGAAAUGUUAGAUAAUGAGACUCUUAUGGCAGAGAUGUCUGAGAGGGCUUUAAGAGCUGCAAAACCGAAUGCCUCAGCCGAGAUAGCUCAACAUAUUAUCUCUCUUGUCAACUUAUCAACAACAAAGAAUGAUCCUGCAAAAGCACUGAAUGUUCCUGCUAUUGCAUUGGGAGCAUUUUUGGCAGCUUUAUACCCUGUUGCAUAUCUUCCUCAACUUUUCUCGGGGUUGAAAUCUCAAGUUUCUGCCCAGAAUAUGAUGCAUCCCCAAUUAUUUCAGAAGCUUAUGUCGAACAAAUUCUGUGAACGGGAUAUGGUACAGAAGGUCGGUCUUCUUUUCCAAUGCUUAGCACACUGGUCGACCAUACUUUAG